AAGACUUUAGGAUUGUAACCCCCUCAUUCACACUUCACAACCCUUUCUCUAUCCAUUAACAAGAGACUAUAAUAUGUUUUAACCAUACAAAUGCCAAACUCUUUCUGGCUGAAUUCCAGCUAACAGUCUGAUUUUGGCCUAAUUUAUUGUGCUGGUCGCAUUUGCCAAAGAUCGUGGCGCACAGAUGAAGUUACAAAUAUUUUCCGCUUGCACUACAAAUCCCAAGGAGCCAUGGGAGGGUAUCCAGGAAGUCGAUUCCGGUUGUCAAGUAAACUUUUCCCUCCUGAGCUCUUAGCUGUGUUAGUUAGGUCCUGACUGGACAAGUUUCUGUAACAGAGAUGAAUGACUGUCAUGGGCCUGUGGCCCAGGAGGUCCGGCCUGGAACGGCACGGGUUCUGGUGACUGAGCUGAGUGGUUCAGGCUACAUCAACCCAACUCCUGUCACUAAACCCUGUGAGGACUUUGACACAGAAGUGGAGCUUUAUCUUUCCCCAGAGAGGCUGGAACUGCUCUGUGGAACUCAGGACCUUUCUCACGUGACCUCUCUGGAAGUCUGUGUAGACACCCAAGAAAACACACUGGGUAACUUUGGAGCCUACUUGCCCAGAUUAGAGCAGCUCAGAAUGAACAACAGCUUGAUCAUGUCAGUAAGAGACCUGGGAACCACCCUUUCCAACCUGCAGGUGUUGUCAAUGUUUCGCUGCUGCCUGCGAGACCUAGAUGGCAUUUCUUCUUUCACUUCUCUUAAGGAGCUUUACGUGGCCUAUAACAACGUGUCAGACCUGAGUCAGGUUGGCAUGCUGGAGAACCUGCAGCUAUUAGAUUUGGAAGGAAAUGAGGUGGAUGAUUUAGUUCAGGUUCAGUAUCUGGGUUUGUGUCUCAAACUCCAGACUCUUACCUUGCAGGGAAACCCUGUGUGUCUACACCCGAAUCCUUCUUCCUCUCAGGUGGCAGACUAUAGUUACAGGGCAGCUGUGAGGGAGUUGAUCCCUCAGUUGCAUUACUUAGAUGAUGCAAAGGUGGAGGAGGACAGGCUGACCUGCUGUAGCACCAUGGAAGAAGACAUGGAUAUUCUCCGUAGUGCUAUUAAAGAGUGCAACUCCAUGAGGGCUGCCAGUAGAGAUGAGGAGACAGCAGACAGUGGAUGUCCCUACAGCAUCUCUGGCAUGCACCCUUCUUCCAGUCCUGCCUAUAUCAGGCCUUGGUCAUCUGCAGGCUUCAGACCAAACACUGGCUCCAGACCCAUAUCAGCAACCAGGUCUGGGAUUCUCUCCCCUCCUGGAUCAAGACCUGGUUCUUCAGACUCUGAUCUAGCAGCAGUGGAAGCAGAAACCAGCCUCCUGACACAUGGAGCUGGUAAAAUCCUGUUCUGUGGAAACCCAGUACAAGCUAUUCGAGCAAGACGAGAAAAAUUGAAGACAGCACCUACCAGAUCCACUCAGUUUUCUCGUGACCUGCCCAUCCAUAUACCAGAACACACGUAUGACCUCGAGACGCCGGAUCGUGGAGAACGUGUAAAUGUUUUUGCUGAGCUGAGGGCUUGGAGGGAAGAACAUAGCAGGCAUCUUCAGGCAAUAGAGAAAGAAAGAACGCCGCAGAUCCUGGCUAUUCACCAUGGCGGUGAAGAAGAGACAUAUGAUGGUGCAGAAGAUGGCUUUGAUUGUAUGAGGAGCAAUAGUAGUGAUGAAGAAUGGGGAGAAGAGAAACACUGUGACAGCUUAGAUACUGGCUCACUGGAUUCCUCCAUCCUGUCUCUUUCCCCAGAGCUGCAUCCACAAGAAUCCUUAUCCACUGAUGUUAGUCGCCUGUCGUUGUCCCCAGACAACACAUUUUCCCCUUCACCACCUCCUGUCUGUACCACUGCAGCGCCUGCUGACAGAAAGUUGCCAAAGAUCCGUGCACGCAGGCUUCGUCUCACCCAGGCCAACUUAGAACAUUCACUUGAUUUUGGCAUAAAGGGAUGCACCCCUGGAACAGGUGCAAAUGCAGCAGAAACAGACCUCAUAUUCCAGAGGGUCCAGCAGAAGACCAGGAGCAAGGUGCCUCUUUUGCCCCGCCCCGUACACUUGCCCCACCCUCCUCCAACAUAUGAUCCGCAAGAAGGGCUAAUGGAUUCAGGUGUGGAUAUGGACUUGUCUAAGGUGCAUUCAGGCGUCAAGAAAAAGAUGUCAAAAAUCCUCGACAGACCAGCAAUAUCUCGCCCUCACACGGCCAGAGCAGUUCUGCAAAAACACCACCAGCACCCCCUGCUUCAGCCCUGCAGAGGGAGCUCACAUCCAGAUUAACAACAGACUGGUCUGGUUUACCAGCACCAGUCUUCUUCUCAUUUCUAAGAUUGUACAUCCUUCAUUCUUCACCUUACUGCCUCGUCGUGCAUAUUUUUCAUGCAUUUAGAGAGGAGGAAAGGACUCGAAGUAAUAAAUAUUCUUAAAAAUUCAGAUAAAAUAACUUUGUAUUAUCAGUGUCAAUCACUGGUUAAAUAUCAAAUAUGGCACAACAGCUGCAUCUGCUUUACAGAUUUCCUCUAUGUUAUGUCAUCUCUAAAAGAUAAGCAUUGGCAGUCUUUGUAAAAGUUUAUAUUUUAACUUUGGAUUUGAUAUUUUAGGAUAAUCUGUCACAGAUGUCCAAAGGACUUCCAUGUUAUCUAUUACAGCUCCUUUAGCAGUUAUCCUCUUUUUGCACCAUUCUCACCUCCAGUUGCAUCCUAGGAAUCGAAACAUCAGUUUUUUUAGUCAGGCACUGCGAUUGAUGAGGAGGAGAUGAGGAGAUCCAAAACAAAGUAAUGAGAAGAACCAUAUUAUGAUAAUGGCGGGUCCUCAAAGGGGAUUUCCUCAAAGGGGAUUCCCUCUCAGUAUUUGACUUGUUAUCCAUCACUGCUCAUGACUAAUCAUUUGGACCAUAAAAGAUAGUCUCUCUUUUUUGUUUUAAGAAAAGAAUAAAAAUGUUCUCUGGACUACCAAACCAAUGGGGUUUCAAAUAUUAUUGUAUCGUUAUGUUAGAUUACUAUAAAACGGAUGUAAUUAAUGCUUCAUGUUUGCAAUUUUCAGAAUGAAAACAAGAUUUUUAAAACUCAGAAGCUUAUGUUUUACCCAGUGAUUAAAAAAGGUCCAAUUUUAUGUUUAUUGUAUGUUUAAAUUACCUUAUGUUAAAGGCUUAGCGGUAGAGUCAAGUACAAUAUAAAUAAGAACUUCUUCCUGGCUAAUAUUGCUGCUCAUAUUGCUGGUGUAAUAGUAUAAUUUUGCCUCUUGAUGGCACCAGCUGUAAACCUUUAUUUUGAAAAUGUUGCUUCAGCCUACUUCAGGAAAAUCCUUGAAAUAAAUCUAGAAGGUAUUUUUUUUCUUUUUAACAACAUCUGUAGCAUUAGUUUA